ACAGAAAGGGGGCGUGGUUAUUAGACUAUAUAAGGAACCGUGGUCGGCUGCAGCGGGAGAGUUUGAGGUGAUACUCGAGACUUUAAAGAGGACGAGGAUUUUCAGGACACAUUCAUCACCUGUAUAAAAGGUCAUUAAGCAGCAGAUAUGAUGGAGCUCAACAUUAAAGUCCUGAGCGGGGAAACGAAGACCGUGCACGUGAAUCCAGGUGCUACAAUCGGUCAACUCAAGCAUAAAGUCGCCCAAAUCUUUAAUGCAAGUCCUCUACGGAUGAAGCUUUCUGUCACCAAUGGGCGAGUGGUGCAGCUGGACAAUGACCAGAUGACUGUGAACCAUUAUGGUCUGAGUUCAGGAGCCACCGUGAUGCUGCUGAUCUCCAUGACUCCCGUGCCACUUCAGGUGUUCGUGAAGAAUGAGAAGGGGCAGACGAAGACAUAUGACAUUACUGAUGAAGAAACCGUCGAUCAGUUGAAGAGUAAGGUCCGCCAAAAAGAAGGAACACCAGAGGACCAGCAGCGGCUGAUCUUCAAUGGUAGACAGCUGGACUCUGGCAGGAAGCUGCAGGAUUACGACAUUGUUUCUGGAAGCACCAUUCAUAUGACCCUCCGUCUGCGUGGAGGCUGAUGGGACAGAAACACUUGGAGAUCAUUUUAGCCUAAAAAAUGUAACAUGAUUCAUCUCGUAAUGUUUGUUACAGAUUACUGAGGUGUCUUCAUUCUUUUUGCACUCAACUGAUUCUUCUUUUCAGAAAGUGAUUUUCUCCAGAAUCAUUUCUGAAUAUUCCAGAAUCUUUUUCUAUUCCAUUAUAGAAAAUUAUAUUUAUACCAUUUUAAGUUUGCUUGCUUUACUGUU